AUGUUCUUCCGAAAUGCAAGUGCUGAUGCUGCAGUAAAUCCCGCACCAUCGAGCUGUCGGUCAAGUCGCCGUCUCAUGAGGGCAGGAGAUCGUCGACGCAGCAGCGUAAUUGAAUGGAUUAACGGCCUGUCUGAUAAUAAUCAAAAACCUCCAGAUGUUUGGGAUAGAGUAGAAGCACGAACACGAGCGACAGAUAAGUUCAGCGUCACGUCUGUGGAUGAACCUGAUCCCGAUGAAAGUACAGCUCAUAAAAUAGAAUUAAUCAAUAAAUUGAAAAGAGAAGUUAAAGUUAUAAUGGAAGAAGCUGUAACAAAGCGAAGUUUGGACAUUAAUUCUCCGUACGUGACAUCAUUAUGCGGUGCCAUUGAAGCAUGUUUGAUGGAUGGCUUACGAAGACGAUUACUCGGAUUAUUUGGAACUCAAACUUCAUUAGCUCUAUUGCAUACGGCUAGCAAGAAAUGUCCACAGGCGGAACGGGUCCUCAAAAAAGUUAAUGAGCUCAACCCGCAAAUACCCGGAACGAAUCAGCAUUUAGCAUGGAUCAGAGAAGCUCUUCACAUGCGAAUUUUGCACGAUAUUGUAGUUUACUUGUCAAGCCAUAAAAGUGUCAGUCGGUUGUAUGAUCCGUCAGCUCUGAUGAUGGACAGAUCGAAAGGAGGAAUGGUAGCUGCCUUACUUCUCGGUCCAUGUGCUGUGACAUAUAAAAGAAUGUCUACGGCAGAACCGUGUGAGCCUUCAGCUGAAGAGAUGUGUGAUCGACGUGGUAUUUCGUCUGUCAGUUCCAUAGCCAGUAGCUCUUCCACAUCUACUUCGCGUCCGCCUUUACAGAUGCAACGGCAGUGCAGUAGCAUCGUAGGAUCUUCUGUAGAUCAUCGCUCAUCAUCUGUUAGUAGCCGAGAUUAUGUAUAUUCACUUCAUCAUAACUUCAAAUCGUCUCUUCUCUAUGGAAAGAAUAAUGUGUGCCUAGCCAGCAAAGAAAAUGAGGUUCCUGUAAAAGGAUAUUUAUCUUUACACAAAAGUCAUGACGGCCAAUUAUCUUUAAAAUGGACUCCAAAUCAGUUGAUGCAUGCCAGCUCACAACCAUCGUCUGCAUCUAUUCGAGAUAAAGAUGAACAAUGGCUAUGGAAGCAUGCUAUUAGUAUUGAUAUUAAUGACAUCAUCUAUAUUCAUCUUCACCAAAAAGAUGAAAAUUCUGAAUGUACGUUAUCGUUUGUUGACUGUGAGGGUGUGCAGUCGCCUCCUCUUCAGUUACCAGCUGGCCAACAUGCCCUUACAUUUCUGACUUCUUUAGAGAGUGGAUUAGCUCCGUUACUUCGCUUAGAACCUCCGCUUUGGACUGGAAACGGCUCAGAAAAAAUGCUGCCAAAGUUGCGUAAACGUUCGACGGCCGUCUCAGCCACAAUGGCCAUCAUGGAUCUCGUAUUUCGAAUCGUUCGUACAUCUGGAAAAGAUCCGAUACCGUCUCCAGAAUUGCAAUCUCCUACUUCAGCAGAGCAUGAGUGCCAAUCAUUGCCUAAUUCGCCAUACAUCAAGAGCAACGUGGAAAAUCUGGUCAAUCUUCAAUUGGAUCGAGCCUGCCAGUCUGUGCGUCAUGAAAUUCUCAAAAGAGCUUUUACGGGAUGGCUCACAUAUUGUCGUCAUCUUCGUACAAUUCGCGAGCAUCUGCUUUACUUGGUCAAUACCCGCCAAAUAGACAAUGAGGUUGAGUUACAGCCUGUUGAUGAUGCUUUCUGGAAGCGAUGUAGAGCCGAACGAACUCCAGAACUAGAGCAGGAAUUCCUUUUACGUGUUUAUUGGAAAGGCAUAGAAGGAUCAAAUCCUAAAGAACUAAGAAGACAAGCUUGGCCAUUCCUUCUUAAACUCUUCAACUGGCAAGAUUCACCCGAGCCGAAAACAUCAGAAUUUACUCAAAGAUAUCGUGAGGACGUUGAGAAAUGGAGAGUUCUGGAAGCCGAAGUCAGGAGAAAAGAUGAGGAAGCUUUCAUUGCUGCUCGCCAUCGUAAGAAUUCUCCGAUUCCUAAAGAAGAUUCCAUAAUGAGCGAUGUUUUUGAAGAAGAAAAACAAGAAGUCGUAGAGCCGGAGAAGCCGAAAGAAGAAGAUAUCCUACUGGCUCAAUUCGGAACAAACUUGCAUCGCAUAGACAAGGAUGUCGAACGAUGUGACAGAAAUUUGAUUUUCUUUUCAAACAAAGAAAACUUAGAGAGUCUUCGUCGGGUUAUGUGUACAUAUGUCCGUCGAAAUUUAGAAGAAGGUUAUAUUCAGGGAAUGUGUGAUAUAUUGGCUCCUUUAUUAGUUAUUUUUGAAGAUGAAGCGUUGUCACUUGAAUGUUUCACCAUAAUUAUGGAACGUCUUCGCGAUAAUUUUCCUCAGCGAAACGGAAUGGAUCAAUGUUUAUCCAAUUUGAGAGCUUUAUUGCAGGUGGUCGAUGGAGCUAUUUAUACUCGAUUGACGUCUUCGGAUGACUUCACUCAUUUAUAUUUCAGUUAUCGCUGGUUUUUAUUAGAUUUUAAACGAGAAUUGUCUUAUGACAGUACGUACCGUGUGUGGGAAACCAUUUGGGCAGCUUCUCGUACCUUUACUCAACACUUUGCUUUGUUCUUCGGCUUAGCUAUGGUUACUAACUACCGUGAUGUUAUUAUCAAUAAUGACAUGGAUUUCACUGAUAUGAUCAAGUUCUUCAAUGACAUGGCUGAAAGACAUGAUUGCAUGCGUUUGCUUCAAGCAGCUCGAGGACAUGUAAAAUCUCUCCAAAUUCUGGUGCAACAGAUUCGCUAA